GCAAUUUUUCUCAUGGUGGAGCAUAAAAGGUUUGUAGGGGCAGAGCAGCAGCGCGCCAUAAGGUUUCUUGCUCUCCUGCUGCCUUCCCUGACCGGGACGCACUGGAGCAUAAAAGGCACAGCAUUGCCCCGUGGAGGCAGAAAAGCAGCCAUGAGGUUCCUUGUUCUCCUGCUGCCUUCCCUGCUCCCGCUGACGGGAUCUGCACCCUCAUCUCAUAAGGCCAUACAAUGCCCUCUCGGGUUCCACAACAUUUACGACCACUGCGUCCAGUUCCGCACGCAGUCUGCCACGUGGCAAGAGAUGUACAACGAAUGCUUUAACGUCGGCGCCAAUAUGGUCAAGCUCGAUGACGCAAACUUCAUGUACUACCUCGUCAAGUUCAUCUUUGACUAUGGACUGGACGACCACCAUUACUGGAUCGGCGCCACAGACCUCCAGCAAGAAGGCGUCUUCAAGUGGACGGACGGAACGGCGGUCAAGAUGGGGACGCCGUUCUGGGGCGACCAUUCAGACCAGGUGCAAGAACCCGAUGGCGGAACCAGCCAGAACUGCGUACACUUGGAUAAAACUGAUCAUUUCUUCAUGAUAGAUUAUUCAUGUGAUACAAAACUGUCCGUUAUCUGUGAGAUAAUUUGGUGUGUAUUCCCGCCACCUGUCACACUUCCUGUUCCUGGUGUUACUCAAAUCAAUUUCCUUUUUUUCACGUGCACCGGAACGCACUGGAGCAUAAAAGGCACAGCAUUGCCCCGUGGAGGCAGAAAAGCAGCCAUGAGGUUCCUUGUUCUCCUGCUGCCUUCCCUGCUCCCGCUGACGGUAUCUUUCCAUCUUAUCCCUGUAACCUAUUUAUUGUUAAAGAAGUGUGUAUUCCCGCCACCUGUCACCUUGCCUGCACGUGUUGCUACCCAGACCAGUUCUUGGCAAUUUUCCACGUGCACAGGGACGCACUGGAGUAUAAAAGGCACAGCAUUGCCCCGUGGAGGCAGAAAAGCAGCCAUGAGGUUCCUUGUUCUCCUGCUGCCUUCCCUGCUCCCGCUGACGGGAUCUGCACCCUCAUCUCAUAAGGCCAUACGUGAGUACUUACAUACAGCACAAUGCCCUCUCGGAUUCCACAAUAUUUACGACCACUGCGUCCAGUUUCGCACGCAGUCUGCCACGUGGCACGAGAUGUACAACGAGUGCUUUAACGUCGGCGCCGACAUGGUCAAGCUCGAUGACGCAAACUUCAUGUACUAUCUCGUCAAGUUCAUCUUAGACAAUGGACUGGCCAACCACGAUUACUGGAUCGGCGCCACAGACUUUGAAGAAGAAGGUAUCUUUAGAUGGACGGACGGAACGGUGGUCAAGAUGGGGACGCCGUUCUGGGGCGAUAACGACGACCAGGUGCAAGAACCCGAUGGCGGAAGCAAACAGAACUGCGUGUACUUAAAUAAAUAUGAUCAUUUCUUCAUGAUGGAUUAUUCAUGUGAUACAAAAAUGUCCGUUAUUUGUGAGAUACACUGACGAAGGUGAUCUCAAACUUUUGCUGAUCAGUAAUGUAGACAUGUAUAAGUAGAUAUUCCCUAUUUUAGUAAUGUUUCGGCACGUAUUUUGGCCAAAAGGGAAAGGGGCACCACACAGUUUGUCCCUUUGCUAUCCUAUCCUCAGCCUACUCCCUGCCUCGUUCGUCGUGCCUCUCUGUAGAAUAGUAUAAUUUGUUGAUAUAGUUGUUUGCCGUGAUGUUGAACUCCAUUUUUUCCACCUAUUCCUUCUAUAUGGACUCUAAAAAUGAACAGUGGAAGUACUGUUCCAUAACCUUUAAUGUUUUCUUCUAUCAUAUAUACAGAAAAAAAACCUUACCAAAUUCUAUCAGAAAAAAUAAAGGUACACAAGGAAAUCUA